GCAACAGGUUGGGGAGAAAUAAGGUAGCAGGGAGUGCGCGAAUUUGGCUCCGCAAAAGUCGCGCAGGAAAAUGCUUUUGGUGCGACUUUCAAAUCGAUUCAGAGCAGAGAGCUGCUUUCUCGUCUUUCCAAGCAAAUUUUGGGUGUUGAACUUGGAAGGUUUUCUCGCGAUUCACUUUCUUCAAACUUUCCCUUGCUUUCGUGUGAGCGUCCUUGCAGCGCUCGUCACGAAGCCCCCCUUCUGCUCACUGCCCUCCUCACCCCCAACCCUUCCACCGUCAACCCCCCAACCGCAACCAUGAGAGAGUGCAUCUCCAUCCAUAUUGGCCAGGCCGGUAUCCAGGUCGGUAAUGCCUGCUGGGAGCUUUACUGCCUCGAGCAUGGCAUCCAGCCUGAUGGCCAGAUGCCCAGCGACAAGACCGUUGGAGGAGGAGAUGAUGCUUUCAACACCUUCUUCAGCGAGACUGGCGCCGGCAAGCACGUGCCUCGCGCAGUCUUCCUGGAUCUGGAGCCCACUGUCAUUGACGAAGUGAGGACCGGAACGUACCGCCAGUUGUUCCACCCUGAGCAGCUCAUCUCCGGCAAGGAGGAUGCCGCCAACAACUUCGCCAGGGGCCACUACACCAUUGGCAAGGAGAUCGUCGACCUUUGCCUGGACCGUAUCCGCAAGCUUGCGGACAACUGCACUGGCCUCCAGGGCUUCCUGGUGUUCAACGCCGUCGGUGGAGGCACAGGAUCAGGCCUUGGCUCCCUCCUGCUCGAGCGCCUGUCGGUUGACUAUGGCAAGAAGUCCAAGCUGGGCUUCACCAUCUACCCCUCUCCUCAGGUGUCCACCGCUGUCGUGGAGCCCUACAACAGCGUCCUGUCCACCCACUCCCUGCUGGAGCACACUGAUGUCGCUGUUCUUCUGGACAACGAGGCUAUCUACGACAUCUGCCGCAGGUCCCUGGACAUUGAGCGCCCGACGUAUACCAACCUGAACAGGCUGAUCUCCCAGGUCAUCUCCUCCCUGACUGCCUCCCUCCGGUUCGACGGUGCCCUCAACGUCGAUAUCACUGAGUUCCAGACCAACCUGGUGCCGUACCCCCGCAUCCACUUCAUGCUCUCGUCGUAUGCCCCCGUCAUCUCUGCUGAGAAGGCUUACCACGAGCAGCUGUCCGUCGCUGAGAUCACCAACAGCGUGUACGAGCCCUCGAGCAUGAUGGCCAAGUGCGACCCCCGCCACGGUAAGUACAUGGCGUGCUGCCUCAUGUACCGUGGUGACGUCGUCCCCAAGGACGUCAACGCCGCUGUCGCCACCAUCAAGACCAAGCGCACCAUCCAGUUCGUCGACUGGUGCCCCACCGGGUUCAAGUGCGGUAUCAACUACCAGCCCCCCACCGUCGUGCCCGGCGGUGACCUGGCCAAGGUGCAGCGCGCCGUGUGCAUGAUUGCCAACUCCACCAGCGUGGCUGAGGUCUUCUCCCGCAUCGACCACAAGUUUGAUCUGAUGUACGCCAAGCGUGCCUUCGUCCACUGGUACGUGGGUGAGGGUAUGGAGGAGGGCGAGUUCUCUGAGGCCCGUGAGGAUCUGGCUGCCCUCGAGAAGGAUUACGAGGAGGUCGGUGCCGAGUCCGCUGAGGGCGAGGGCGAGGAGGAAGGCGAGGAGUAUUAGAUGCUCGCAAGCAGAUUAGCGACCUGAGCCGAAAGCUACAUUGUGACGUCGCUGAUGAAUCUCUGUAAUAUGCGGACCGAGGAGUUUCGACUUCCACUCGAAAUACUGGUCAUGAUGAUCUGAAGAUAUCGUGUACAAUACAAAAUGCCACGAUUGUUGAUGUCAAUUUCUUAGGAGAUCAGAAUAUGGUUUUGCCUUGCUUCAUG